AAAAAAUUUCUCGUUGUUUGUUUCAAAUCCAUUAAUUGUAUCGAAUGUUGUAAUCCUUUGCAAUUCCUGUCAUGAACUCAACUACUAAAAUAAAAGAAUCCUAAUAAAGGAAUUUCUGUUAUUGUAGAAUGAGUCAAGAAUCCGCCCACGGACAAGGCAACAAUGAACACGUCAGUGUUCAUACUGAAGCAUCUAGUUUCACCCCUCCCGUCCAAAAUGAACCCGUCAAUCAACAAAAUGUUGGGAAUAACCCAAACGCUGGUGGUCAACCCGACCUUGUGAUUCCAGCUUUUCUAGCUAAUGUGUUGCAACAAAUAGCCAACGCGCCAAUGUUUCAACCACCUCCACCACCGCCACCUCGAGUGAUAACCUACAAAACGCUAAGAGAUAACGGUGCAGAUUUAUUCCUUGGGGAUCGCAUCGGUGAACCCCAGAUUGCGUGGGACUGGAUCGAGCAGACUGCCCGAGUGUUGGAAGAUCUCAAUGUACCCAUGGACAAUUAUCCCAGACUGGCUUCUCAAUUGCUUCGAAAGGAAGCCUACGAGUGGUGGAAGAGGACGGAUGAGAGUGCGGGAACCCCUAAGCCGUGGACAUGGGCACAUUUCGAAUGGGCAUUCAAGCAAGAAUAUAUUCCGAAACGAUUUAGCGAGGAAAGACGUAAGGAAUUUGUUGAACUGGAACAGGGAGACAUGACACUCCCUGAAUAUCGUCAGAAGUUUACCAAACUCGCAAAGUUUGCACCAACCUUAGUAAAUACCCCAACCGAUCGCAUUGAGGAGUUCAGGAAAAAACUUCGACCUGACCUCAGGUCACGUGUAUCUGUUCUAACCACUGUGGAUUUCGCGGAGGCCUACGAUCUCAUUGCCAGGGCAGACAGCGACUUGAGUGCUUGCAUUGAGUAUCUGAAGACAAAUAAUGUCAGCUCAAGCACUCACCGUCCCACCGGUUCUGCCUCAAAAGGGAAAAGGCCCUUUCAAGAACCUAGCAAUUCACAUUUCUCUAAAAAGGGAAAAUCUGUACAAACUCAGUCGAUGGCAUCCGUUGAUAAGUCCAAAAAGCGGAGGUAUCCAGCUUGCGAGCACUGUGGAAGGAAUCACCCUGGAGAAUGCUGGCUUAAGCAAGGGUUGUGUCUCGGCUGUGGAAAACCAGGACACUUUAGAAAAGAGUGCCCUACAAACCCCGGAGAACCGUAUCCACCUGCCCCUGUUGUUAGUCAAGCAGCAUCGGCACGACCUACACCAAGUCAACGCUCAACAGCGGGGUCUAAUCCAGCCAAGAAUCAGAACCAACAACAAGGACGAGCUCCUGCUCGUACAUAUGCAAUGAAAUCAUGAAUUGAGGAGAACCCUGACGUCAUCCAGGGUGAAACGAGAGUUAAAUAAAAAUUUCACUUGACAUUUGAAUAUGACAAUUACUUAAAAAUAUUAAAUUUACAGACUCUGGAUCGCGACCCAUUUAAAAAUAUUUUCAGAGUAAUGCGGAAGUACAAUAAUAAUCAAAUCAUGACACAUUUUAAAAUCUGUUGACCAAACAUUGCCUGCCAUCCUUGAAUCUCCUCUGACUCAAUGCCCUCCGAGAAAGGUUCCAUCAUUGUCUUCUUGUUACCUACGUGUAGUCAACGAAAAAUACAAACUACACGCUCAGCGAAACCGCUGAGUGGUACCACGCUAGAAUUGUAGAAUAAUUCAUAGACAUAUACGUAUAUAUAUGUCCACAAAAAUGUAUAACAAUAUUCCUGAUAUGACACUUUAUAUCAUAUGGUCAAUUUGAUGAAUCAUGAUGAUAAAUAUUUAAUGAUAAUUGCAUGAUUAUGGCACAUUUAAUUUAAUCAAUUUGAUUUCUCUUGAUGAUGAUUACAUGACACCUAUGUAAUCAAUAUAAUUGUUCUUGAUGAGGAUUACAUGAUGCGUAAUUGAUGUUACACAUAGUCAUGAUGAUUUUACUUGAUGAUGACUUCAUGCUGUAUGAUUCUAAGUCAACAAGGAAUGACCUUGCAACUAUGAGAUUCGCCCAUUUGGUACGACGAACUCAUGUCCUUCUUAGUCUCACGA